UUAACAGUAUCAUGCAGACAAAUGCAGCUAGCUAGCAUACAUUUAAACCGUGGCAUACACUGUAGACAAUAUAUACUAAAAGGAGACAAACGUUUGGGGUCUGUUUCAGCCAAAUAAUUGAUGGAACCUUUAGAGAAUAGAACUAUGCGCUUUGGUUUAACGGUCAGCUUGCUGGUUAUCUUGUUAGAUGCUAGCGUGAGCUAGCUAGCCAACUUUUUGUGUUUUGUUGAGCUGGUACUAGUACUAGUUGGCUAGCUAGCCUGCUGUGUUAAACAAGGUUAGCUAGCUAGCCUGACAGCCUUUCACAUCGCUAGUGACGUUAGUCAACUUGUUUUUCACAAUACAGUGAGGAGAAUCUGAAAGGAAUUGAUUCGUUAUGUAUGAGGAUUCUCAUGGCAACCAGAGACCGUUUUUUCCACAUGUUGCCCAUAACGACCGCUGUGGACUUCAGGGGAUAAAAGUUGUUGUCAAGGAGGAGGAAGAAGAGGGCGUGAAAGGAGAGAGUCCCACCAGGGUGGCAGAGGGUUGGAAGAUGGCAUCGGAUGACCACACCAUCAGACUGACUGUCAACGCGGAGGACGACCAAGAGGGGGAGGAAGAGGGGAUAUGUGGCCUGAUCAACUCUGAGGGUGAAGAGGUGGACUGGAGGCUGACUGACCAGGCAGCAGGGGAGACCUCCAUCGUGGAGGUCAGGGGCGAGGAGGAGGAGCGAGGGGAGGGAGGAGACAGAGAGGAGGAGACUGGGGGAGGAGAGAAAACAAACCUGAAAAGGGAAGAGGAGGUGCUGAGGGUUCCUCCCAUCCACGGAGGAAAGAGGAGGAGAGGGAGGCCUCCCAAGGCGUCUCCCCCAGAUCCGGGACCCGAUGCUGGGGAGGACAGUCAGCCCACAGGAAGGAGGCGCAGUCGGAAGCCUCCAGCAGGAGGAGGGGGCGACCCCCCCGCCUCUCCCCCACUCGCAGGCAGCGGGACACGGCCUCGGCGGCGCAGCAGCCAGCUGGGAGGAGCUGGGAUGGAUGCUGCCUCGCCUGGUGAGGCUGCCUCGCCUGGUGAGGCUGCCUCGCCUGGUGAGGCUGCCUCGCCUGGUGAGUCUGCCUCGCCUGUGAGGAGGCGGGGCAGGAAGAGGACCCUCCCACUUCCUGUCCUCCCUGCCGGCCUGGUGGCGACGCCCAGAGCACGGCUGACAUUCCACUGCUCCGUGUGUGGGAGGGAGUUCUCCCACGCCUACAAGCUGGAGAGACACACGCUGAUCCACACUGGAGAGACGCCCCACCGCUGCUCUCUCUGUGGGAGGGGCUUCAACCAGAAGGGAAACCUCAAGACGCAUCAGAAGGUGCACUCAGGAGGGAAACCCAGUGUGGACUGUGCUGGUGAGCCAGACCUCCUGCAGGAGGUGCAGACGGAGCAGAUGGAGGGGGCUUGUCCCAGCCCAGCCCCCCUUGGUGCCCCGGUGCCCCCCUGGGCAGCGCCCCCCCUGGAGGAGCUGUGUUUCUGCCGGCAGUGUGGCACCCAGUUCAGCCAGAGGCAGCAGCUGGAGGAGCACAUGCACGGCCACGUCCGAGAGAAGCCCUACUCCUGCCCCGACUGCGGCAAGAGGUUCAUCAACGAGAGUUACGUCCAUAUCCACCAGCGGAUCCACACGGGGGAGAGACCGUUCCGCUGCCCCGAGUGCGACAAGACCUACUACACGGCGUCCGCCCUGCGGCUGCACAGCAUGAAGCACUCGGACGUCCGGCCGUUCGGCUGCCCCGUGUGCGAGAAGCGUUUCCGCGUGCAGUCCUACCUGGCGGCCCACCUCCUCACCCACACCAGGGACCGGCCGCACCUGUGCUCCGUGUGCGGGAAGAGCUACGCGCGGGCGGAGGAGCUGAAGGUGCACCACCGGCUGCACACCGGGGAGAAACCCUACCGAUGCGGCGAUUGCGGGAAGAGCUUCAUCUACCGGCAGGGGCUGAGGCAGCACCAGCGCACCCACGGGGGGAGGCGCAUGGGCCCCACGAGGCAGCUGGGCCGGCCCAGGCAGAGCCACCGGGAGGAGGGGAGGCUGCUGUGCUGAGCUGUGGGAGGACCAGGAGGAGAUGUCAGCCUGUCGCUCAGAUCUUCCUGUGUGGAGCGACGACAGGGGCUUGAAGAAGCCAGUUUUUUUCCUUUUGUGGAAAAUGUGUGUGUGUGUGUGUGUGUGAGAGAGAUAUCGCUUCCUCUGACUCAUCACAACACAGCUUUGCUGUCAUACCUGCUGCUAGGGACCUUGAGUCAAGGACCUGUGUCUCAGUAUAGUUCGGUUUUACUGAACAGUUUUAAGUAUGUCAGCAUUUCCUUAGUCUGAUGGACAAACAAAAAAAGACCUAAGAAAGUGAUGUCUACAACAACUCUCCAAGUUUGGCGACAGACGUAACUGUUUUUAUGUUUUUUAGGUGUGUCCAUGUUGUUUACAGGUUAUAGUUAUCCACAUCACAGUGCCUUGAAAUCCUGCAUGAGAUACACAAUCUUCACCCACUGAUAACCAGUGUACCACCACCAUGGCUCUUGACAUUUAAAAUAAAU